AUGGCGCCCCAAUCGUCCGCCCUUUCCAAAACCCUCGAGUCGCUCACCCUGAGCAAAAUCCGAGAACUGGAAAAACAGCGCUCAACCUACGAGGACCGAAAAGCCCAGGUUCUCGCCGACGCAGAAAGCCAACCCGAUCUCUUCGCGCGGGUGAAUGUCAUUCUGAACGGCACAAAAGCAAUUCUUCCACAAGUCGCCAAGGAGCAUGCGGUCACAAAUAUCGAGCGCUGGCUGGACCAGCAGCGUUUCGACCCUGCGGUUACCGAUGGCAUGCUGAAUGAGUAUGAGACCGAGCUCCGAUCCCAGUUGGACGCCCAUAGUCGGAGGCUGAGCCUCGCGGAUUUGUACUCGCGGCUACUGACCGAGUGGACGAAUGCUCCUGUAACUGGUGGUGAUGGUGAGAUUGAUGAGGAUGAAUACACGGUUGUUGAUGAGCGGCAGAAGCAGCGGUUGGAGCAGCUGUGUGAUCAGUUUGAGGAGGCAGUUUUCACGCCGCUUGAGACAAGUGCGGAGGAUAUCCACGCGUUCCUUGACUCGCUCUUCCCGGACGACAAGAAGAUGGAACAGUUACACGUUCUCCGGAACGAGAUUCGCAAGUCGACCCAGGACGAGUUUGACGACGAAGCGCCGUUUGACGAAAGAACUCUCACGGCGACGAUAGGAGGACUGCUGAGAGAGGACAUCGUGAGCGAGGAGAAGCAGGAUGUCCUUAAAGGAUUUCUGAAGAACAGCGUCGCAUUGACUGAGAUUGCGGACGUUUUGAACAUGCGAUGGGCUGACUUGGAGAACUGGGACUGGUUUGCUGGGGAUGAGGGCAUUCCAGUCUUGCCGCGCCAGCAGCUGAAUGGAAAAUACCGAAUUUGGAUGGAUGAGGACGUCCUGCAGCUGAUAUUUGUACAGUACAUUGGCAUAUCCCUUUGCAAUAUCUUGAAGAGGGAGCUGCGAGACUUUAUCGAAGACUACGGCGUGUGGAACUGGAAGGUAGCUCCGUCUAUGACCGAGGAUGAUGUGGAGCGUCUGGCAUACUACACCAACAGGCCGGGGGCAGACAAUGGGCCAGAGGGGAAUCGAAGAUCGAAUUACACCGACUUAUACUUCCUCUCCCAGUUGCCGACAUCAUUAACAACGCUUGCAGACGGGGAUGCGGGGUAUGACGACGAUGACAGUGACAAUGAGUCUGCCGAACGUUCAGCGCCGAAAGGAAACAUUAAACAGGAAAUACUACGGAAGGUUGCGACCGAAACGCUCCUCCAAAGACACAUCUACGGUGAGGCCGCUGUGAUACAGACGGACCUACGCUGGUUCGGGACCAGCAUUCCACACAGCACCAUUUUCGCUAUCAUGGCCUAUAUUGGAUUUCCCGAGAAGUGGAUUACCUUUUUCCGCAAGUAUUUCGCGUCGCCAUUGAAUAUGGACAAGUCGUCUGAAGGCCGCACGCCCAAGGGGCCCCAGACUCGCCUAAGGGGGAUGCCCAUGGCCCACGCUUCUGAGAAGUUAAUUGGGGAACUGGUAUUGUUUUUCAUGGAUUUCGCCGUGAACAGCACGACUGGACUGCUUCUUUACCGGCUCCAUGAUGACAUCUGGAUCUGCGGCGAGCCUAGCAAAUGUGCCAAAGCGUGGGAGGUAAUGGGUACGUUUGCCAAGGUCACCGGCCUAGAAUUCAACGACAGCAAAACAGGCUCGGUUUACCUUUCCGACUCUGUCGAUCCGGCUGUCGCAAAUAAGUUACCCAAGGGGCCUGUCACGUUCGGCUUUCUGAAGCUCGACGAUUCAGGGACGUGGGUGAUCGAUCAGAAACAGGUGGGCGCUCACGUCAAGCAACUGAAAACACAACUGGAUAAAUGCGGUAGCGUGAUGGCAUGGAUCAGAACCUGGAACAGUUGCAUUGGCCGGUUCUUCAAAAAUACCUUCGGAGAGCCCGCCGCCUGCUUUGGGAAGCAACAUGUGGACAUGAUCCUCGCAACAUAUAAAGCGAUGCAGGACACUCUAUUUGGGAGUACCACCGGCACAGUGGCCCAGCACCUCCGGCAAAUGAUCAAAGAAAGGUUCGGGGUGUCUGAUAUUCCAGACGCGCUCUUCUACUACCCUGAAGAACUAGGUGGCCUCGCCCUCCGCAACCCAGCCAUCUCGCCAUUCCUAGUUCGAGGUUCGUUGCAAAAGUCACCGCUCGAACAUAUCGAAGAAUUUUUAGAGCAGGAAAGGGAGACAUACAAUAAUCUCAAGAAGGCGUUCUAUGAGCGGCCCAAUACCGUACGAGUGUCUCGCUUCGCAGAAGCAAAUAACGGCAACGAGCGCCAAUUCGUUUCCACGGAAGAAAAGGACACGUUCAUCACGUUUGAAGAGUGGACUAGGUUCCGCUGGUCGCACAGCGCUCCAUUCUGCCGUCUAUAUGAGAAGCUCCAGCGAGUUCCCGUGGCGGAUGGGAUUCGAUUUACUUCGCCUGUCACUACUGCGCUGUCGGCAGUGUUGCGGGGGUCACAGGUGAGCGAUUUUGACGAGGAGACGAAGUGGCUCGUGCAGAUGUAUGCACCGGAGGUGUUGAAGAAUUACGGAGGUGUUGGUCUGGUUCAGAAGAAGUACUUGCCGGUGGGUGUUAUGGCGAUGGUGAAGGAGAAGCGGGUGCGGUGGCAGAUGGUGCUCUAA